AUGUCCUCCGACAUAGAACAUUGGCACAUCAACGCAAUCGUUCACAAAGAUUGUGUGGAGGAGACGCAUUAUGUAUCUGAUCCUGCUAGGAACAUAAGACGCCGGCCAGAGACGACAAUAUGGCAGGUCGAGCGUCUUUUAGGACGCGGUGGCUUUGGGGAGGUCCGUCUGGAAAGGAACAGGCAGGAUGGGAGAGCAAGAGCUGUGAAGAGGAUCGCGAUGAUGGGAACUAACCUGACAAAUAUGGAGUGCGAAAAAGAAUUAAAGGCUCUUCUGGAGUUUUCCAAGCCAAAGUCUCGAGAAGCUGCAGUCUUUAUUGACUUCUUUGGUUGGUUUAAGGACAAAUCCGAUAUUUUCCUUGCAAUGGAAUACGUUCCUCUGGGGGAUCUCGAGAAAAAUAUCACGGCACAUUCAGGAAAGAUAUCGGAGGGCGAGGCUCAGAGCAUAAUCGAGCAGAUACUUUCAGGACUAGAGAUUAUGCACGGGCAAAUGUUUGCGCACCGAGAUUUGAAGCCGCAGAACGUCUUGGUCGUUCACGGCCCACCGAUGUGGUGGGUGAAGCUAGCAGACUUCGGAUUGAGCAAGAAGUUGACGGAUACCACGGCAUAUCACACGAAAGCAGGCACACAGUCAUAUAUGGCCCCCGAAAUGCUCUAUUCCCCAGAUGGGAGCUCCGAUUACACCGACGCAAUUGAUAUUUGGGCUGUGGGCUGCAUUGCAUAUCGGCUGGUCUCUGGGAGUGUUCCAUUUACCAUCCCAGCCUUGGUACAAUACUGUCAAGACAAGUCUCUUUUUCCAGUUGAUCCCCUGUUCGACUGUGGUAUAAAGAGUACGGGCUCAAAAUUCCUUCGGUACCUUCUCGUCACGGAGCCAAAGGAUAGGCCGUCAGCGUCGCAAGCACUGCAACAUGAAUGGAUUCUUUCCAGUAAGUUUUUCAACCCUUUUUAA